CUCCCCCUCCUUCUCCCCCGGCCGUCCCCAGACGUCAUCUUCCUCGUCACCGCCGAGAGCGAGAGAGAGAGGCUGCUUUGAGCGGCGGGCUGAGUGGGCACACUUUUUGUUAUUGUUGUCAUCCCGGGAAGCAGCUGCACAUCUGCGCUGGGCAGAAUGAGUUGGCAGCAUGCUACAGAUCAUGUGCAGCAGAGUUGACAUCAGAAACUGAAGUCUAAAGAUGGAUAAAUGUAAACAUGUCGGCCGAUUGAGGCUAGCCCAGGAUCAUUCUAUUUUGAACCCUCAAAAGUGGCAUUGUCUGGAUUGCAACACUACAGAGUCUGUAUGGGCUUGCCUGAGCUGUGCCCAUGUUGCAUGUGGACGAUAUAUAGAGGAGCAUGCAUUGCAGCACUUCCAGGAGAGCACACAUCCUGUAGCACUUGAGGUUAAUGAACUUUAUGUCUUUUGUUACCUCUGUGAUGAUUAUGUUCUAAAUGAUAAUGCCACUGGUGACCUUAAGCUCUUACGCAGCACAUUGAGUGCAAUUAAAAGUCAAAAUUAUGACUGCACAACACGCAGUGGGAGGACAUUGCGGUCUAUGGGGGCUGCUGAUGACUCAUUCUUAUCACAUGGGGGUGCACAAGCCCUGCUUCAAAAUGAAGACCGUAUGUUCACUGCUCUUUGGCACAGGAGACAUGCUCUUAUGGGGAAGGUAUUUAGAUCCUGGUUUUCUUUGACAUCUAGGGGGAAAAAAAGGAUAGAAGAUGAACGCUUAAGGGAGGAAGCUGAACAAAAGAGAGAGGAGGCAAGAAAAAGGCGAGAGCAGAUAAAACGUAAAUUAAAACAGGAGAUGGAAAGCACCCCUCCAAGGAAGAGUUCUCGCUUGCAACAGCAGAUUCCCCCAACACCCACAACAGUAUUACCAGCUAUUCAAGAUAUGCACCAAAAAUCAACAACUCACACUAAACAAAAAGCAUCAACAUCUACCUCGGAUCAAGUGCAUUUGGAAAAAGUAGGCGAUUCUCCUGUAAAAAGGAAACCCACUGUAACCCCUGGGGUAACAGGACUGAGAAACCUGGGGAAUACUUGCUAUAUGAACUCCAUUCUUCAGAUAUUGAGUCAUUUGCACAUUUUCCGGGAAUGUUUUUUACAACUUGAUCUCAAUCAAACUCAGGAGUUGUUGGCAGCUGCAGCCAAUGGAAAAUCACGGUCAGCCAGCAAACACUCACCUGCAGCAAAUAUAUCCAGUAUCACAAAAAAGCACACUAAAGUAGAAAAGUCUUUGGCAAGGCGACCAAGUUUCUCAUCAGGCCUUAGCGGUGGUGCAUCAAAAAGUAGAAACAUGGAGCUUAUUCAGCCUAAGGAGCCUAGUUCAAAGCACAUUUCACUAUGCCAUGAGUUGCAUACCCUCUUCCAAAUCAUGUGGUCUGGGAAGUGGGCACUCGUGUCCCCAUUUGCCAUGCUUCAUUCAGUGUGGAGGUUGAUCCCAGCCUUCCGUGGGUAUGCGCAGCAAGAUGCUCAGGAAUUCCUAUGUGAACUUUUAGACAAAGUACAACAAGAACUAGAGACAACGGGAACCAGGUAUCCCACCCUGAUUCCCAGCUCUCAAAAAAAACUCAUCAAGCAAGUCUUGAAUGUGGUUAACAACAUAUUUCAUGGACAGCUACUCAGUCAGGUUACCUGCCUUGCCUGCAACAACAAGUCAAAUACGAUUGAGCCAUUUUGGGACCUAUCUCUGGAGUUUCCUGAGAGAUACCACUGCAGCAGCAAAGAGACAACGUCCCAGCGUCCUUGUCUGCUGACAGAGAUGUUGGCCAAGUUCACGGAAACGGAGGCCUUAGAAGGAAAGAUCUAUGCCUGCGAUGAGUGCAACACAAAGCGCAGGAAGUUCUCAUCCAAACCAGUUGUCCUUACAGAAGCCCAGAAACAGCUGAUGGUGUGCCGAUUACCUCAGGUUCUGCGCCUUCACCUGAAGAGAUUCAGGUGGUCUGGUCGUAAUCAUCGUGAAAAGAUUGGAGUGCAUGUUCGAUUUGACCAGAUGCUGAACAUGGAACCUUAUUGCUGUAAAGAAUCUACUGCAACCCUAAGAGCCGACUGCUUUAUUUAUGACCUCUCUGCUGUAGUGAUGCAUCAUGGAAAAGGAUUUGGCUCUGGCCACUAUACUGCCUUCUGCUACAACCCAGAAGGAGGGUUCUGGGUGCAUUGCAAUGACUCUAAACUUCAUACUUGCACUGUGGAAGAGGUCUGCAAGGCACAAGCGUAUAUCUUAUUCUACACCCAGAGAGUAACUCAGGAGAAUGGAUAUUUGUCUACCAAACUUUCAUCUGGAAGUCCACCGUCCACACCAUGCUGAAAUACCUAUUAUCCCACGGAUAUUGAACGUACAUGUUGUUUAGGCAGUUUGUCUGUUAUGUUCCACAAGUGGAUGCCAGUCUUCCCUUGUUUUUGUAUAUAUUUUUGUCUUAGUCCUUCAGUACAGAAGAAGUAAAUGGAGACAAAUGAGCAGUCCUCUGUAGUGUGACAUAUUUUCUCCUAUGCAGAUCUGUUGAUCUGUGUAAAAAAAAAAAAAAAUUAUAUAUAUAUAUAUAUAUAUAUAUAUAUAUAUAUAUAUAUAUAUAUAUAUAUAUAUAUAUAUAUAUAUAUAUAUAUAUAAAAUUUCAUUCUCAGGACUAAGACUACUUUGUUUCUAGAAAAAAAGCUUCUGUAUGCUCCAAGAUUGUAUGAAAGGGUUUCUCAUUGAUAAUUGUACAUUUUGUUUAUACUUUUGUAUGGAAUUAAGCACUCAAAAUAGAAUAAAAUGAUUUUAACAUUUUGUAUAUUGGCAAUGGAUAACUUUAAAAUGGUUUCUACCAAGCUAUAUUUUUUACUGUUCCCAUGUGUUUUUUUCUAGUUUUUACCUCAGGCUAAUUUUUAGCAUUGUGAUAUAUUGAUGACAUUUUUAAUACAUCCUAUGUUGUUUUGUAACUUUACUGUGCACCUGUCUGUUUUGUAUGGUCUUCAUUUUACUCCUUUGUUGUAGAGUUAUAACGGAGGUAAUUCCAUUCCCAGAGGUUGUAGUGAGCUAAAGAAAUAAUAAACUUUGAAGGGACAUUUA